CACACACACAUACACACACACAGAUAGAAGAUGUGUGUGUGUCAUUGUGGAUGUUGGACAUUAAAAGUUAUUUCGUGUUAGUGCAAAUAACGAAAACAUAAAUAAAUUGUAACAAGUAAAAUAAAUUAAUAAAGACAUUAGUGGGCGUAGUUCGCUCGGACAUAUAAAAUACAUUCUCCAACCAUCUAACAACAAUUCCCCCCGGUGAAAGUGUUUUAAUUGCCCCCCAAAAUGUGUGCUCUGGAGCCCUAUAGUCACCAGCAACAGCAUCACCAUCAGCUGGCCACGCACCACCGACAUCGCCACCAUCAUCAUCAUCACCAUCAUCAUCAUAAUCACCAGCAACAGCAUUACCAUUAUCACUGCCACCAACAACAACAAGAACAACAGCAACAAAAGGAGCAGCAACAUCAACAACAUCAUUAUCAUCGUCACCAGCAACAGGCUGGACAGGGUCUGCUGGGUCAAACCCGAAGGACAACACAUCUGCAACUUUGGUACAUUCUACAUGUGAUAUUAGUGCUAAUCGACAUUACCAGCUCACUAACAAUGACCGAGGUGAAGAUACCCAAUCACAUAAUGCGCUUGAAGAGCGCCAUUCUUGGCUGCCGGUAUGCCCUCGACGGUGAAUCGCUAUACUCGGUUAAAUGGUACAAAGAUGGACAUGAGAUCUACCGUUAUGUGCCGCGAGAUAAGCCGCCGGGACAAGCGUUCCCGUUACCAGGCGUAAACAUUGAUCUCCGCAAUUCCUCGGACACUCAGGUAAUGUUGAGACGCGUAACGCUCCAAAGUUCUGGACUAUAUCGCUGUGAGGUGUCCGGCGAGGCUCCCGCAUUCAACACGGUAUCCGAGUCCGAGACAAUGACCGUUGUGGUGACCCCAAAUCAUGGGCCAAAGAUUUCAGGAGGUCAACCCAGAUAUCAAAUUGGAGACGUAGUUCGUGUUAAUUGCACCUCAGCCCCAUCGAAGCCAGUAUGCCACCUAAGCUGGCUGAUAAACGGAGAGCCGGCCCAGAAAACCCAUCUCAGGCAGUUCGAUAAGAUUGUGGUUAACCGUGAUGGACUUGAGAUGGCACGGCUAGGUUUGGAAUUUCGUGUGCGUGGAUUUCACUUUAAGAAUGGUGAUAUGAAGCUAAAGUGUGUGGCCAAGAUCAGUUCACUAUAUUGGCAGAGCAAUGAGGAGAGCGUAGAAAGCGAUCGUCAGCAACGUGCUCCAGCCCUGGAAUCCCGUGAAACGGUGGCCGCCAAAUCCAGUACAAUUGGCUCAGCUGCGUCAACGAUGCCUUUACAUUUCCUUUCCUUGCUGCCGACUUUAAUGCUUUUCUGGAGUUGGCAAAGUCCCAGUUAACUAUCUCAAGCAUCCUCCAACCCAAACUGAGUACUGACCCAUAUGAAUCCAUUGAACAUAAAAACCAUUUUCAAAAUAUUUAUGGGCUUGAAUAAAAUCUAAACAAAAAAAAAAU